GACAUUUAUUAUAAAAUUUUAUUUAUUUAAAAUGCCUGCAGCGUUUUUUGAAAAUUCUGAGCCUACAACAACUGUUAAUGGUGGAUUGGUUAUUAAACGAAUGCCUAGAUUGAAAAUCGACGAUGUUCAUUUCAAUUUGUUACAACACAAGUUUGACAUGGUUCAAUUGCGUAAGAAUAUUGACCCGUCAAUUUUUGAACAUGCGGCGACUGUCAAAGUUGCGCUUGACACAAAAUAUCCUGAGGGAAUGCAUAAAUAUGCGGACAAAUACAGGGCAUAUAAUCAAAUUACGCUUAUUUUUGACACGCUCAGUCAAUUGCGCAACAGUGAUGGGCCUCACUCAAUUUAUCCGUUGACUUUGCCCAAUGGAAAUGCUACUCCAAUGCCUGUGUAUCAAGUUCAACUGAGCCAGGAUUUUUGUGACCGUUUUACUGUGCCGAAUUAUGGGACUAUUAAACUGGAGAAGGCGAUAAAGGCUGCUGGUGUUCCUUCCAACGAAUAUCGAUGCCGAAUUCUGCAUUAUGAUGAAACUUCUCGCAUUGUUCGUUUCACUCCAUUUACGGUGCAGAGGAUGGACGAUUGCAAGGUUAACCAAUCUUUCAAAAUUCCCUUCAAAUUCCUUUAA